AUGUAUAGUUUAGACAAGAAUAGAAUUGAUGUUAACAUAUUAUAUAAAUUGUUUCUGCAGGCUUGUAUUGACAAUAAUCUCGAAAUGGUUCAAUUUCUCGUCGAGAGAGGUUGCAAUGUAAAUCAAGGUGAUAAUGAAGGAUGGACUCCUCUUCAUGCAACAGCUUCGUGUGGUUUUCUAAGCAUUGCCAAAUAUUUAAUAGAAAAUGGGGCCAAUGUUGCUGCUGUUAACAAUGAUGGUGAUUUACCUAUUGAUAUAGCCGAAUCAAAUGAAAUGGAAGAAUACCUUUCGGAUGUCCUUGAUGAACAAAAUAUUGAUUGUGAUUUAGCUCGAUCUGAAGAAGAACGUCUAAUGUUGGAGGAUGCAAAAUCUAUGCUGAACGCUGGUACAGAUCUCAAUGAUAGAAUCCACUCACGCACAGGUGCUACUCCACUUCAUGUAGCUGCUGCAAAAGGAUAUAUUGAUGUUUUAAAACUUAUAAUUCAAAUUGGUGCUGAUUUAAAUGCUCAAGAUUUUGAUGGGUGGACACCCCUUCAUGCUGCUGCUCAUUGGGGCCAAAAAGAAGCAUGUGCAAUCUUAGCUGAUAAUUUAGUGAACAUGGAUAUUCAAAAUUUUGCUGGGCAAACAUGUUUUGAUGUUGCUGAACCAGAGCUUGUUAAACUUUUGGAGGAGCUUAAGAAAAAACAAACUCAUAUGCAGAAAGAUCGACCGGAUAUUCAAGCUAUUCUUCAAAGGACCAGUAACAGACCACCUCUUAAACGUAGAACGUCUGUGACACGCAUGAGUGGACAAGAAAAGAGUAAAUCAGUUAUGAAAGAUACCAAAGCAGAACGGGCUCAAAUUGAAAAUUUAAGUCUUCCAGAAGAAGAAACUGAAGACGAUAAGGAAAGAAUUCAUACAAAAAAGAAUACUGAAAAGAUGCAGUCUCUUGUUGAUCGUUUUUCUGAUGUAAAUCCUAAAGACAAAGAUAUUGUUUCCAGAAUUAAAGAGGAUGGGUAUGUGCAAGAAGAUAUUCAGCAACCAAAGAAUGUGCCAAUAAAUGAAACCAAGCCAGUGCCUGAGACAACCAUUGCCAAAGAACCUGAAUUAGAGAGGAUUCCUUCUUGGAAAAGAGUUCUUAGGAAAGCUAAUGCAGAUUCUAUGGAAGCAGAAGUCACUCUUAAGAGGCCAAAGAAAACAAAUGAAAAUGAGGAAAAUGCAUCUCGAACUAGUGAUGUUCCAAUCAAGGAUGGGUGGAAGAGCUUAGAGCAAUUACCUUCUCACUCUUUAUCUCCCACUAAUGAGCCAUUUUGUGAACUCAGUAAUGUUUCUUCUUUUCCUGCCACAUCCCCCUCAGAUAUUUUGGAAUUCGAGCCAUCUGAUAAGCGGAGGGGUACAUUUCCACAAGCUAGAGAUGAUGAGUCGGAGUUACAACGCAAAGCUCAUGCAAAACGAGUGAGAGAAACACGGCGUUCCACACAGGGUGUUUUGUUGGAAGAUCUUAAAUCUGCAGAGUUGCAAUAUUUAAUUAAUACUCAACGAGAUGCUGCUAAACGACAAGCAGAUGAAGCCAAAGAUGAAACUGUUGUGGAUAGUACCAAUUCAAAAGAUAAUGUUCUUUCUGCAGAUAAGUCUGCUAAUGCAUCUUGGAAAAACUCUAAAACAAAUAGUAAUGACUCCAAAGAAUCAAGUGAAACAAAUGUCUCAAAAGCUGAAGAAUCUGAGAGAGAUGAGAUUGGUAGUAAAACAACUGAAACCUCUAAUAGUAAUGAAACAUCACCUUCUGUUACUUUAGUACUUAAGCCAAAGUCUACAAGCUCCCCAGAAGAUAUAAGUCCUUCAGAGAGUAGAUCAUCUUUGGGUACACAAGCUGCCAUUCAGAGGAGAAGGCGACCUAAAAGACGUUCCACUGGUGUUGUUUACCUAGAUAGUGACGAUGCCCAAGAUGAAAAUUCAGCAAAUAAAGAAAAUAAUGCCCAAACUGAUUCUGGUCACACUGAUAGAGCACGACAGCGUUAUGGUUCAUCAUCAUCAAUUCCUGACACAGCUUCGGAAGCUUCUUGUAGAAGUGAUGCUUCUUCUCAUUACAGUACUAGUUCCAGAUUAAGUGCAAAUGAUGAAGAAAAUAAAGAAUAUAAAAAACUUUAUGAAGAAGUCAAGAAGGAGAAUGACUGCUUAAAAGAAAAUUUAAAAAAGACAGAAGAAGAGCUUGAAAAAACAAAAAAACAACUGCAGAAAAUGUCACAAAAUAAUACUUCAAAGUCUUCACUGAGUGAAAUUGAGAAAAAGGAACGAAGAAGUCUAGAAAGAAAAAUAUCUGAAAUGGAAGAAGAAGUUAAGCAAAUUGAAAAACUUAAGGCUGACAAUGAGCGAUUAAGUAACGAAAACAAAGCUCUUAUUCGGGUUAUCAGCAAAUUAUCAAAGUGAAAAUGAAUACAUUAUCUACCCUAGUACCUGCGUGUGGCAGAUUUCUCCUUUUCAACCAUACCAUACCAUGUGAAGAGAAAGGCUUGUUUUUUAUACAUACAUUUAUAUGUACUUUUGAUACAUUUAUGAAAACUGAAGGAAAAUUUAUUCAUCAGAUUCACUCCAGCUUUCAAACUGUGGUGCUCAAGUUAAUUAUAUUUUGAAUUUUUUAGUGAGUGGUGUGUCCAUAUAGAUUCUCAAGUUUAUUACAUUGUUAAUUGCAAAUUAUAUUGUUACUUAAACUUCAGUAAUUGUUAUCUAGUCUUGUAGUAAAAGCUGCCUGAGUUAGUACUUUGAAGCAAGUACUUCAGCAGGUAGCAAUUUUUUUAUACUUAUAAUCUGCCAUUCUUUUUCAAGCAGUUUUUAUUCUUUCUUACUUUGGCAGAUCUCAUUGGGUCAUUCCACUUCAAAUAAACUAAAAUAAAACACUUAUCUCCCACCAUUGCUUUUAAUAUAUUUAUGCUCCUGUAAAAGAUGUAAGAAAAUCUGUGUUAUUUCUUCACAUAACUCAUUUUUGUUGAACAUUGUUUCUAUACUACAAGGUGUUAAGAAAACAGUCAGCCUGCAAAGGUAAUAUAAAGCAAUUAAAAUUUAAUUUUUAAUAUAACAAGUUCGCUAUCUGACCAUUUUAUUCUAUUAUAAAUUGAGUUAAUUGAGUAGUUGUUAUAAAUUGCAUAAUAUUUUUUUAUAUCAUGUUUUUUUUUUAAAUAAUACUGUUUAUUCACUUAAAUAGAAUUGAAAAAUGACCCCAAAACAAAAUCUACAGUGAACCAACUGCAAUUGUUAUAGAAAAGGGAAAUAAUCAUACCAAUCAAUAUUUUAAUUUUCUGUAAAUGUUAUGUGUUUCUGUAAAUGUAGUCUGAAUGAAAUUGUUAUAGAAAAGGGAAAUAAUCAUACCGAUCAAUAUUUUAAUUUUCUGUAAAUGUUAUGUGUUUCUGUAAAUGUAAUCUGAAUGAAAUUGUUAUAGAAAAGGGAAAUAAUCAUACCAAUCAAUAUUUUAAUUUUCUGUAAAUGUUAUGCGUUUCUGUAAAUGUAAUCUAAAUGAAAAUAUGUGUUUUACGUUUCAAAAUUUUCAUUCACUUGUUUGACUGGCAGUUGUGAACACUGUUUUUAAGGUUAAUCUCAAUAUAAUUUAAAGCUCUAUGUUUUUGUUAUUAUUCCUUUUUAAAACCUUUUAUUCCUUUUUAUUACUUUUAUAUUACUUGAGAAAACUUAAAAUUACAUUUACUUCUUCACUUUAUAAAACAAUUAUGAAGAACUGUUUUUUUAGGUAGUUCAAUGCAGAGUAUUUCAAUACAAUUUUGAACUCAUUGUGCUUUAUGUAAGCUAAAAAUGUUGUAAAUUAAAUUGACUUACAAAUUUUUAGAAUUAUUACCUUUAUAUGGCAGUUUUUUUUUAAACUGAUUAAGUUAUUGUGACACAAUCUUCUGAAAUAAAUAUGAAUAUUCAAAUUAAUUCAGAUUAUUAUCAUCGUCACAUUAUUUAUGCUUCAACAAUGAAUAGAUUUUGGAAGAUUUUUUCAUUACUGUUAAAAAUGUUUUCACUUUAUUUUUUGUCUGAAAUGGUAUUGUAUUAAUUAACUACAAUCAUCAAUUAUGGAACAAUCUUUUAGAUUGUGAGAAACAUAAACUUCUCCUGAUCUUACUGUGACAUUCUGAGAAAUAUUUUAGAGCAAAUAUAUCUUGUUUUUGAAUUUUAUCUUUGGCUAAAAUUAAAAUGUUUAGUUAGUUCAAAUCUUUAGUUAAGUCUGAGUUACUCUAUAACCCCUGUAAUCAGAAUUUUUUCGAGCUAUCUGCGACAAAACUCUCUAGCACUAAGAUCUUUCUGCAAGAUACUUUUAAUAAUAACAAAAAUAUACGUUACUAAUUUAAAAUAACAAAAGGACUGUGUAUACAAAAGAUAAAUUAUAUAUAUUUUUUUAAUUGAACAUGUAAUAAUUUUUUAUUAUAAUAUUAUGGGUGAUAUUCUGGCAUUUUGUUGGGGGGACGCACAAAUUAUUUCCUUCUUCACAUUUUGUAAAUAAGCAUCACAAUUAAAAAAGUCAUGAAAUCCGUAGUAGCAAUUGCCGAAAAAAGAUUGACUCCUUAAGUGCGUGUUUCGUUUCGAAAUUAGGUUGUUGUUAUAAAUAAUAUCCUAUAAAAAAUAUCAGAUUUAAAAACUAUGGAGAAAUCAAUAGCAUUGCAAUAACUGCGAAAAAUUCCAUAGAAUUAUUGCCUUAAAAAGUAAAUACUCAAAUGCACGAUGCAAAUUUUCCACAUUGUUUGAAAUAUAGCUGGGUAUUUAAAAUCCAUGUGAAAAUCAAUAACUGCUAAAAACGCUGGUAUCGGCGUAAAUUAUGAUAAUAUUGGUGUAAAUUGAUCUCGUCAAAAAGUUAUUAUCUAAAUGCACGAUUCAAAUAUUACGUGUAAAUUUCUGUAGAAAAUUUUUUUUACUUUUCAAAAAAAAAAUAUUUCUGCAAGAACUAUGUAACGUUCUGCAACAUUGUCGCUACGAUUCUGCCACAGGAUCUGUAAAAAACUGUUUGAAAUGAUAUGGAAUGACCCACAUUUCAUUUUUACAUUGUAUUUUUGUAUUUAAAUAAUUAUGUAAUCUACUGCACAUGAAAUUAUUAUUAUUUAAUGUUAGUUAAAAAUGCUUUAAAAGUAAUGUAUCCAAUCUUUUUAAGGUAUUGAGCAUAAAAACAUUUUGUAUUUUUUGUUUUUUUCUUAAUUGAACAUUUUUUACAAAGAAAUGUGCAAUAGAUCUGAAUUUUUUUAUAAUUAUAUUCUGUAUUACAUUUCUUAUAUGGGCAUAGUUUUCUAUUGGCCCAUCAGCUUCAGAUUCCUUUUUAACAACUUCAAUUCAUAAUAAUUAAAAUUGAUAUUUUUAUAUGCUGAUAUAUUUGUAAAGACAAAAAUUUUUUUAAUAAAUUUAUUCUUCUGAAAAUGCUAUUUUUUAUGCAAUAGUUCAGAAUCAUGUACACUUUUAUACCCUGCAGCAAUAUUUUUUCCCGCUGAAAUUUUCCUCACACCACACUUGUAAAUAUUCUGAGUACAUUAUCAUCAAAUCUGCAUUUUCUGUUAUGUGCCUUUGAAAUGGGUUAUUGAUAUUUCAUGUACAGAAGCAUGAUUAAUCACUGCUAGUGUUCUGAAUGCAAACAUAGAUCUGAUAUUCCCAUUUAUAAUUAUACUCAUUGAAAUAGGUUGUUAAUGAUCCUGAAGUAUUUAGUAAAUUUUUUUCUUAUAAUCUUAUUACAAUUUUUUUAUGAUGAAAGUUAAUAUUUUGUGUAAAAUUUGUUUGAAGUAGAAAAUAUAAGUUGUAGAUAAAAUUUAUGAUCUCUUAUUGUACUAUUUCUGUUUAAAAUGUUUCCAAAAAUUGUCAAUUUUCCUGUUAUAUUAUAAUUAAUAAAAAGUUUAAGAAAUAAUAAGUUGUUAAAAUGUACUUCUUGUUUCUACUAUUGAAUGGUUACAAUUUUAUGUUUGUGAAUUAAAAUUAUCUAUUUCUUAUUAUUGGUUUUCUAUGUAACAGGGUAAAUCUGGUUUUUCAUUGCAAUUAUUGAGUUGCUACCUAUUUAUUACAGGGUAUCCGCAUACCUUUAAAAUCAUAGAAAGUUAUGGAUUUCACCAAUGGUCAAAAUUUGUCAUAGAUAGUCCUGUUUUGAAUGAUAAAAACUGCAAAAUUAUAGUUAUUGCCUAUUCAUUAUGGAUUUUGUGUGUUGGAAAACUUAAUCCUGCUAAAACUGAUUUUUUUUUCCUGUCUGUUGUACAAAAUAAUAAUGUUACCCCUGCCCCCAUUGUAGAGUAAUUUCGUUCGUUUUCCUAUUCAUUUUAAUAUAAUGAGUUGUCACGUGUUAUUAAAUUUUAUUCUGCUUAUUUUUUUAAAAAAAUAUUUUUAGAAAUUUUUCGUAUUUUAUAUAAGUAUUUAUUUAGUAGCGCAAUUUUGAUUGAUCCAUCACAGAAGAGCACUAUUACAUUCUCAAUUAACUUUUUUCUGAUAUUGUUAGUUCAAAAUAUAUUUAUUUAUAAGUGCAAUUUCCUUCAAUUUGUUGCAGUAGCUAUUGGUUUAACAUUGUUGCAUUUGUUUUUCAAACCAUUUCAAUAUAAUUGUCUAGUGUUAUUUUUAAAUCUUUUUUCUUCCUUUUUUUCAAAUGUAGUUUAAAAUAAGCUGCAAUUUAUUUAAAUUAUUUAUUUAUUUAUUAGCUCGAUUUUUAUUGAUUCACUAUGUUUAACCAUAUUACAUUACAUUCAAUUCUCCAUCUGUUUUGAUCUAUUUAGUUAUUAGUGUUAUUUUGCCCAUUUCCUUAUUUAAAAUGUUUUUGAUAUGUUGUCUAGAGCAACAUGCGCUAUUGAAAAGUUUGCCCUGUUGUAGUUUUUAAUUUUACUUCUAAAUAUUAUAAUAUAUUUUGAAAAAUGCUGAGGUUGUUCAAAUAUUUCAUAUGCAUAUUUUUUACUGUUUUUUAAGACUCCCUCCCCUUGUCAGCAAAAAUAAGCAAAUUAUCUGAAAAAUUAGUCACUUGUAAGCCAUGGAAAGUUGUUUGCACAAGUCAUGAACUUGGAAACUCUCAUUUUAGCAGAUGCCUUGUUAAUAAUGUGCAAUUUGAAAUUUAUAUCAUGUUGAUGUCUACAUGCUUGAUUCUUGUCAAAAUAAUAUAUUGUAAUUUGUUAUAUUGAAAUGUAAAUUAGUCGUAAGUCUGUUAUUCCAAAGUUUUAUUAUCUGUUUAAUAAAGAUUGAGAAGGAUUUUCUUACUUAAUACUUUACUUAAACUAAUAAUAUUUAAUUUUAUUCUAAAUACUUGUUGUAAAGAGAGAACUUAAAUUUGUAAUGUGUGCUUUUGUUCUGUCAUUUUUAUUCAUACAUUUUAUUUAUUUAUUUAUUUAUUUCUAAAGAACGUUUCUAGCAAAAUGAAGCAUAAAAAUAAUAUCUACUAAUUAUGUAUACUUUUCAAACUCUUCAGUAUUUAUAAGUUUUUUUUUUAUUUUGUUUCCAUAUGUGAAGUAUUAUAAAUAUGUACAGAUUUUUAGGCUAUUAUGAAAGCAAUAAAAAUCUUCCAAAAAAUAAA